UGUGAUAAAUUUGAAGAUGAUUUUGGUGAUUCAUAUGGUUACAAGGGCUUAGAUUACAAUCUCUGGUUUCGUGGUACUGAGGAGCUGGUCUUUUCUAAACUUCGGACAGAAGUAGUGACAAAAUUAUGCGGGCGGGUUGUUUUGCUUACUUCAUACGAUGGAGACAAGAGAUCUUUCGCAUGCACUGGCUACCUUAUAAAGUGGCAUAAGAAAGGCACACCCGUUAUUCUGACCUCGGCCAGUUUGAUUAGAAGUUCAGAUAAUGAAAGCAAGAUCAAUGAGAAAUUUAAGAUUGAUGUGUUUCUCCCACCAAAUCAGCAUGCUACCGGGACAUUGGAACUGUAUCAUUCAGAUUAUAACAUUGCUGUAAUCAGUGUUCAGCCACGUCUACGAUGUAUUCAUCCGGAGAAUAUUUUCCAUGGAGAAAAGGGACGUAAAAAGGUAGUAGCUAUAGGGCGCGAGGUUGAGGAUGGAGUAUUAAUGGGGACAAUUGGUUUUGUGCCUGAUAAGCCUUAUGACAAACCUAAAUGCUUGACUGUAAAGACCUUAAGCUGUCUACUUGUAAAAUCAAGAAGGCUGGGAUUGGUGGUCCACUUGUUAAUUUUAUUGAUGGAAGUUAUGCUGGCAUGAACUUCUAUGAUGGAACUAGGAAAACACCUUAUCUGCCAAGGCGUAUCAUUGCAGAAGUUCUAAGUAAAACUGAUCUCCCAUCACAAAUAGGAAUGAGCCAGCCCAUAAACAUAAUGAAUGAAUCCGCAGUUAAAAACAGGUGGCCCGUGCCUAAGCCAUAUUGGUACCAUCCUUCAUUUGGCGCCACUCCCCGAGGAUGUCCUAAAGUCCCCCCACCAAAUUUGUAAUACAGAAUCAUCCACAAAGAUUUCGAUUAGCGAUGGCAUAUGUCAAACACGAAUACCACCUGAAGCUACCAGUAUAACACUUGGCAUGGAUGCCCGGCCAGUCCUGAGUGAAAAAUAUACCACGAGCCAGUUUGGUGGUCUUUUGCAAUAAGAUCAUCGUGCAAUAAAUCAACAAAACCUAAGAGUCCUCUGUGCCAGUUUGGUGGAAGGCAACCCCUGUAAACAGCAGUAAAACGUCAUCAUUACUGUUCCGACUCAUCUGGUUGCAAUUAUUAAGGGACCUUUUUGUGUAAGAUUAAGCUUGGUGGAAGGCAACCCCAGUAAACGGCACUAAAAUGUCAUCACUACUGUCGU